UCUUGGUCCAGCCUGUCCCCAGGGGCAGGAGGAGGCAGGUGCAGACAGGAAGGGGCAGAGGGUUGUACUGAACGAGACUACCCUCCUGGAACUUGGGGCACUCAGCACCCUGAGCAGUGGGAUCCAGGAUAGCUUCGCACAGCAACAGGAUGGGGGUGCGGCCCUCCAGCCCCUUGGACAAGCGUCAGCAGCAGCAGCUGAGGGGGUUUCUCUGUGUAGACCAGGCUGGCCUGGAAGUCGCUUUGUAGACCUUAGCCUCAAACUCAGAGAUCCGCCUGCCUCUGUGUCCCGUGGGCUGGGAUUAAAGAUGUGCGUCUCCCCUGCCUGGCUUUGGAAGAUUCCAGAUGUCAGGUGGAUGGCCUAUUAAGGGCCUUCCUGCCCUGUUACCGCAGGCAGCUGGCGGCAGCCAUGCUGAGGCAGAUCUCCAGGGAACUGGAACCCCAGGCGCCAGCCAGAUGCCAGCUUUCCCACACCAAAAAGCUGCCUAGAGUCCGGGAGCACCAAGGAUCCUUGACCCUGCUGUGGGGCCACCCGCCACAGUGGCAACCCACCUUCUGUGUCCUGCGUGGCGAUGGACGCCUGGAAUGGUUCAGCCAAAAAGAGGAGUAUGAGUCUGGGGGCCGUCCUCUGGGCUCCACAGCCCUGACAGGGUACACACUGCUCACUUCCCAGCGUGAAUACCUGUGCCUUUUGGAUGACCUCUGCCCAAGCUCCUCUGGAGACCUCGCCCAGGAGGAACCGCUGAGGGUGCUGGAGGAGCCGGUGAACUUCCCGCUCUUCCUUGUGCACCCAUUCCGGGCCCACCUCUGCUUCUGUGCGCACACGAGGGGGGCGCAGCGCGCCUGGAGGCUCGGCCUGCAGGGUGCCAUCCGGCUGAGAGCCACCGGUGCGUCCCAGGGCGGAGGUGGGGCGCGAGAGGACGAUGGGUGUAGGUGCGGGGUUCCCUGGGGAGGGCUGGAGCACAGUGCCCGGCUAAAGGCAUCCUCAGUCCUGCAGCGCAGCCGGGCGCCCGCGGCCUGCGCCUUCCUGGACACCGUGCAGCUCUAUCGACGACGUCGGGGCUUUGCCGGUGGUGACGACGCAACACUGGGCUCUGAUGCGGAGGUGCUGAGCGCUGAGCUGAUGCGGGAGCUUUUACCUGCACUACGCGCACAGACGCUACGGAGCCUGCGUAGUACGGGACGCGCCCGGGCCCGGGCCUGCUCGGAGUUCCUCGACGCUGUGCACGCGGCCAUCCUGGCCAGGGUAUCUGCAGGGCUGCGUGCCUUCCAGCCAGAAAAGGACGCGCUGCUAGCGAAGCUGGAGAGGACGGUGCGAGCAGAACUCGAGCAGAUCCUGCAGCAGCGAGCGCAAAGGGCUCGGAGACUAGAAGCGGAGAUCCGGGACCCCCUGGAGGCUUGCCUGUGCCGCAUGGUGGACCCGCAACUGCCCCAGAUUAUUCGUGCGCUGCUGAGCCCCGUGGAAGCCACGCUCCAAGCCGUUCGGACUCUCCUCAUCCGGGGCAUGGACCGGCUGUCUCACCACCUGCGCAAGAACCCUUCUGGCACGCGGCUGCGCAGGGAGGUUUAUGAGUUUGGGGAGAUACCUUGGGACCCAGAGCUGAUGCAAGCCUGUUAUCGGGAGGCAGAGCGAAACCGCAGCCAUCUGGCCCAGCUGGCAGAACCAUUUGGCUUCUUGGGGAUGCAGAGCCUGGUGUUUGGGGCCCAAGAUCUUGCACAACAGCUCACAGCAGCUGCGGUCACCACCUUCCUGCAACUGGCCGACAAGUGUCUGACAUCAACUCUGGACUGCGACCAGGCAGCUGAGCAGUUGGAGAAAGUCAGGGGCCUUGUGCUGAAGAAGCUCACCUCGGACAGUGAGACCAGUCGGUGGAGGUUCACCCGGGACUGGCUGCUGGGAAUCUUCUGGCCCUUUGUGUGGAGCCAGCUUGGGGUGAGCUGUAACUUGGAACAGCCUGAGGUGGAUGGGGACAUCCUGACCAUGGGCUGCCAGGUUCUGACCACUGAGGGUGUCUGCAGGGACGUCAUCCAGGGCCUCCUUCUGCAGAGAGUUGACAGAGGGUUAUCUCUUAAUUCCAGAGUUGAACAAGAUCCUUGGUGCCAGCGACAGAACCCGCUCUCCAGCAAAGAACCAGGAAGGAGCAUGCCCUACCUCCAGCUUGUGAUGAUGAAGGAGCUGAGACUCAGGUCUGAGACAGAGAGACCUACUCUGGUGGCCAAAUUUAGCUGCUCUGCCCACCAUUGCUUCCAAGAACAUCCAGAGCUGUCUUCACCCACGCCCAUCCUGGGGGACAAUGGAUGAAGGAAGAUCCAAGUAUGUGAGCUGCUUCUGACUUUUUAACUGCUGCAUAUAACAAAGCAUCAUAGACUGUGUGUUCCUGCUAGAAUUUUUACACUCAAGUUCUGAGCUAGCCUGAGCUACCAUAAUAUGACAUUGUAUUAAAAAAAAAACCCAAAACUUC